AUGCAAAAGGCAGACCGACAUAGCAUCUCGUCAACAGACAAUGUACUUGAUGGGGAUGGCCGUCUGAAAACACCUUUCCAGAGUCACAAGCCACUUAGGGGUGCACCCGGCAAAGGAAAGAACAAACGGCUGGAACUCAAAGACCUGGCCAUUCCUAAAAAGAAAGAACCAUGGCAGAUACAGAAACAAGCAUUAAAGGAGAAGUUCGGCGACGCGGGCUGGAAUCCUCGGAAGAAGUUAUCUCCAGACACCAUGGAAGGCAUUCGAACACUCCACGAACAAGACCCGGACCGGUGGUCCACGGCUGUCCUCGCAGAUCACUUCAAAGUCUCUCCUGAAGCUGUUCGCCGCAUUCUCAAGAGCAAAUGGCGACCAUCCGAAAAGGAGAUGGAGAAGAGGAGAGAGAGAUGGGCCAAGCGGCACGAUCGAAUCUGGGAUAAACUGGCAGAACUGGGAUUGAGGCCACAGCGCACACAGGAAAAGGCGCUCGAAGGCCCUGAUGAGUUUGAAGAGAGUCUGAGAGCAAAAGAGAUUCUGGAUAACGCACGGAAUGCUUGA